GACGCACACGCACACGCACGGAGGGAGAGGGGAGGGAGAGUAACACACGACUGCGCACGAGAAAUGAUCCGCUCCUAGACUAUGGCUCCGUCGGGCUCGCGUAGUAUCAAGAAGGGCUGUCAGAGAGUUUUGUACUGGAUCCCGGUCCUCUUCAUAGCCCUCAUAGUGGCUUGGUCGUACUACGCCUAUGUUUUGCAGCUUUGCAUAGAGUCCAUUGAAGACACAGGAGAAAAGGUUGUAUACUUGCUGGUGUACCAUGUUAUCUUCAUCAUGUUCGUGUGGGCGUACUGGCAAACCAUCUUCACCAAGCCCAUGAACCCCCUGAAGGAGUUUCACCUGUCCUACUCCGACAAAGAGCUGCUGGAGCGUGAAGAUCGAGGAGAGUCUCAGCAGGAGAUCCUGAGGAGGAUUGCCAAGGAUCUGCCCAUAUACACCCGCACCAACUCUGGAGCAAUUCGUUUCUGUGACCGCUGCCAGCUGCUGAAGCCUGAUCGAUGUCACCAUUGUUCAGUCUGUGAUAAAUGCAUCCUGAAGAUGGAUCACCACUGCCCGUGGGUGAACAACUGUGUGGGAUUCUCCAACUACAAGUUUUUCAUGCUGUUCUUGGCAUAUUCGUUACUCUACUGCCUUUUUAUAACUGCUACAGAUCUUCAAUACUUCAUUAAAUUUUGGACGGCUGGAGGUAGAGCACAUUUCCGUCUGAAAGAAUAUCUGAACGGACUCCCAGACACUCAGGCGAAGUUCCACAUCCUCUUCCUCUUCUUCUCGGCCUCCAUGUUCUCAGUCAGCCUUGCUUCGCUUUUCACCUACCACUGCUGGCUCGUCUGCAAGAACAGAUCCACUCUGGAGGCCGUGCGCUCUCCAGUGUUUCGCCACGGCACAGAUAAGAACGGCUUCAGCCUGGGCUUCAGCAAAAACUUCCGACAGGUCUUUGGUGACGAAGUCAAAUACUGGCCCAUUCCUGUUUUCUCCAGUUUAGGGGACGGUUGCUCGUUCCCAACCUGUCUGGUGAAUCUGGACCCCGAGCAGCCCUCAUCGCCAACUGGCUCCAACCCUGCCAACAAGGGUGCAGCAGAGGGCCGCCAGUUCCCCUCCAAGCCGCUGAGGGAGUCUCAGAGUCGGCUGCUCACCAGCACCCCCUCCUGGACAGAGAGUGACAGUGCAACAGAGAAAGACAAGAAGGGUGCCAGCAACCCAGGGAUGACCAUAGAAAAUGAGGCAUAACCUGACAAAGGUGACACAUUCAACCCAGAAAAGUCUAUGCUGCCCCCUCCUUGGUGUUUGUGCCUAUCAGAACGUGACGUAGUGGUGACAUCAUCAGUACUUGUUGUUUUCCAUACUGCUUCUGAGAGGUUUACGCGACCGAGAUCAUACAAACCAGAGAAGAAAAAAAAGAAUGAAGAUUAUCACCAGUGUCACUGUUAGAAGCAACAACUUCUGCUGCUAUCUGGAAGAAUUCUUGCUUCAGAGCAAGUGGAUUGAAACGAUGACUGCAUUCCAACUAUCACUCCUUCUUUUGUUUGUAUAUGAAUAAGCACAGCAGCAAUGGAAGAGAUGUUUUUGCACUUUGUAUACAUGGAGAUCAAUCUGAGCUGCUUUUGUAUGUUACAGUGGAAUUAUGUUCAAGUUGAUUUCUGUUAUUUUCAUAGCUUAGCACAUAAAGUAAACCCUGUUAUAAGUUUGCCAAAUGUUUGCACAUUAAGUAUAGAUUAGUAGUGGUGUUAAUGUGAUGUAACUGAUAUUCCUUUAGCCAUUUUCUGUUUUGUUUGGUGACGUCUUGCCUGGGGAGGGGGGGCAGGUUUUCCACCCACCAUGUUGAGUUUUGUGGAAGUUCAAACGAUGCAUGCUCUCAUCUCAGGAUGUCAAACACACCUUGUUGUAGUGACUUGUACCACAAGAUGUUCUCCGCUUUGCUUGGAAACAAAAACAACCCCAGUGUAUUAAUUAGUAAUCUGAAUAAGGGCUCUUCUGACUCGUUAUAGCAUGAGUGAGGGUGCUGCUGUCACACCGAAACACCUGACGGCACGUGUCCCCCUCUGCCAAAUAUCUGAAGUGCUGUCUGGUAGCCUACAGGACACGUCACACUGCCGGCCAACAGCUUCCUGACUGUGUCUGGAGGGCCGGCGGCAAGACCUCUGUGUAAUGCUGCAGAUCUGUUCACCAUCAAAAAGCAGACGCUGUUGAGUGUUUUUCUAACUCGCAGCUUAAUGUUGUGGAUGAACUGCAGAGCAACAAGAAAAAAAAAGAGAACAGCUCCAGUCGCUUUGUAUAUGUUCACCUUCUGAGGAUGUCUGUUCUCUCUCUGGCUGGAAACUAUUAAACCAUCACUGGAAAUUAGCUGGAAGAAUGUAUGCUUGUUUCAAGACAAAAAAAAAAAAAAAAAAAGCUCCAUGGUGACAGCGUCGAUCUAUAUUUUUCUAUUCUUCUGUCUGUAUGAC